AUGGCGCCGCUUUUUCGAGCUCUUCUUGUUUCCUUGAGCUUGUGCAACUGUGCCCUCACUGUACCCACCGAUCACCAAGACGCAUUGCAUACCCUUUUGAACCAGGCUCCACACACCUCUCAUCGUUCACAAAGGCCCCUUCACCCCUGGACACGAUUACGCGACGCCAUCAUACACAAGAUAUGGGGGCCUGCACCCACGACCGUGAAUCAUUCACCAUACCUCGCGCGGCAGUCCUCCACCCCAUCGAUUCCAUCGACGUUACGCACCCGUUAUGGUGGUGACAUGGUACUGAGGUUCAGAGUCAAGACUGCAGAAGAGGCAAGAGCCCUAGCUGAGGCAGCAGACACUCUCUACCUGGACAUUUGGGAGUUUGCGGACGACUGGGUGGAUAUCAGAAUGGCCAAAGAUGUGGUCGAACCUCUUCUUGGACUGCUCCCACCUUCAUUGCACAAUGCUCACUCUCCUCUCAUGCCCGAUCUUGCCCAAGCGAUCUUCGAAUCUUAUCCGUCUGCAUCCAUUGGCCAACACGCUUCGAUACCGUUCAACGACCACCAAGGCUUCACCUCGUCAUUGAACCGCGAAAGUGCUAAUGACGGAAAAGAACUGUUCUUCAAGGACUACCAGCCUCUUUCUGUCAUAAGGCCAUGGAUGCGGCUCAUGGCUUCGCUGUUUCCUACGCAUGUCCAGAUGAUCUCAGUGGGCGUCAGUUAUGAAGGUCGUGAUAUACCUGCAUUCCGGAUAGGAGUCCGUCAAGCCAACGAUACCAUGUCCGCACAACCCCGGCACACCAUCUUGAUCACAGGAGGAUCUCAUGCCCGUGAAUGGAUAUCGACUGCCGCGACAAGCUAUCUGGCCUAUUCCCUCAUCACACGCUAUGGGAGAUUCCCAGGUGUUACUAAACUUGUCGACGAGUUUGACUGGGUCUUGGUCCCCACUAUCAAUCCCGAUGGUUAUGAAUACACGUGGGACCACGAUAGGCUCUGGCGUAAGAACAGGCAACAGACAAGCAUUCGGUUUUGCCCCGGCGUCGACCUUGACCGUGCAUUCGGUUACCAAUGGGAUGGAGAUUCCCAAAGGAGUAAUCCCUGCUCCGAGAGCUAUGCAGGUGAUGGCCCGUUCGAGGGGUUUGAAGCUCAUCAAUUCGCAACCUGGGCCAAAUAUGAGACAGAACACAACAAUAUUCGAUUUGCAGCUUUCCUCGAUCUGCAUUCUUACUCACAGAAGAUUCUGUAUCCGUAUUCGUAUUCCUGUGAGCAGGAUCCGCCGACGCUGGAGAACUUGGAGGAACUAGCCAUUGGUAUGGCCAAAGCAAUCCGACUAACACACAGUCAAGCGUAUGGCGUGACGUCCGCCUGCGAAGGUCAUACAGCCGCUUUUCAUGGAACUGCCGACGAGGUGUGGCCACGGAUGGAGCUCAACGGUGGCAGUGCGCUGGACUGGUUCUAUCAUGAGCUUAAGGUCAAGUACGCUUAUCAACUCAAGCUAAGAGACACAGGCAGCUAUGGAUUUCUUCUUCCCCAUAGCGACAUUUUGCCUACCAGCCAGGAGACCUUCAACGCAGUACUGGACCUGGGAAAGUUUCUGCUGAGCAAUAAAGGCAUUGAACUUGCAGCAGAUGCAGACUGGAGCUCGGAGUAUAUUCCACCUCGGCCACAGGGAGAGCAAUCGCAACAGGACCAGGUGCUAUACCCACCGGAUUCCAAACAGGAAGUCGUUGACGAAAACGACAGUAAUGGUGAAUUCAAUGUGGAACUUCGUCGCCGGCGCAGGAAGUGA